AUUUUCCCAUGAAGUCUUGGCCGGUGUUCCCUUCAUUCAUCUUGCGUUUGGUUUCACAAGCUUCACUUUCAUCAGAAGUGAGAAAGAUACAAGCAAAAGAAACGAGUUUCCUUUUGCUUGUCUCUGAAGUUGCUAAAAUUUAACGUGGCAGAUGAUUUGAAGUCAUAAAUUUGCGAUUUAAGGUCCUCCGCAGAGCCAAGCCCAGAAUGGAUGAUCGCUUGAUUAAGGCCUCUCAAGUGGGUGAUAUAGAUGCCCUGUAUGAACUAAUUUGGGAAGAUGAUAAUGUUUUGAAGCGGAUUGACGAGAAAAUGUUUGUAGAUUCUCCUCUACAUAUAGCAGCUUCGUUUGGACAAACUCGUUUUGCAAUGGAGAUGAUGAACUUGAUACCUUCCUUUAGCAAAAAUUUGAACAAGUCUGGGUUUAGCCCCAUGCACCUUGCCCUCAUAAAUGGGCAUUUCGAGUUGGUGUCUUUAUUUCUACAUGCUGAUGCUGGUCUAGUUCGUGUCAAAGGAAGAGGGGGCUUGACCCCUUUACAUUAUGCUAUCAAGAAUGGGAACCUCAAUUUCGUGGCUAAAUUCCUAUUAGCUUGCCCAGAGUCUAUUGAAGAUGUGACGGUUCGAGGUGAGACUGUUUUGUACAUUGCCAUUAAAUCAGACAUGUUAGAAGCUCUUGAAGUUCUGGUAAGAUGGUUUCAGAGAAUUUGCCACAAAGAUGCCUUAGAUUGGUUGGAAUUCAUUCCAAAUUGGAAGGACGAGGAAGGAAACACUGCAUUGGAUAUUGCAGUAUCCAAUAGUCAAAUUCAGGCAUGUCUUAUACUUCUGCAAUUUUUUGUUUAAUUUCGUGAAAUUGGGAAUUAUAGGGAAUUGAUUACCCAAUUAUACACCUCGAAAAUCAAAACUUACAUAAAUGUCUCUCCGAUAAAAAACAGAUUAUAUUUAUUACCUGAUUGACAU